GCCGUUCGCUUCCAUUAUUAAGUACGGUCGAGAAGGCGCGAGCGCAUUAUAGUGUUGGGCGGGAAGCUGUUAAACGACGACGCUAUAAACUGUAUAUUCGUGUGGCGAAAAUUUCAAAAGUUAAUAUCUAGUGAACUUGAAAUAUUGAACAUUCGUUAACAUGUGGCGUCAUUUAUUCUGUAUUGUGACUGUAAUAAUUUCUAGUUUUGCAAUAAAAGUACCUGUUGAUAAUAACGACAAGAAUACUACAGAAUUAUCAACAGAUAAUGCUAAUACAACACAGGAAAAUCCCGUUUAUAUUUCCUCUGAUGAAGAAGGCCAUUUAGAUGGCUAUCUUAUACCUCCAGAUCCACAUAAGCCUGCAGAAGUGCUGUCUGAUAUUGCAACACCAGCGACGUACCUUUUACCUCCAUCUGCAGAGAAAGCGACAGACUAUUAUUAUACACCUACAGAACCAGGAGAGCAAAGUGAUUGGUACCCAAUACCUGCACAAUCACAGAGCGCACCUAGUAAAUUGUUGGCUCAGAGACCAGAAAGUGGUAUGAUACCAAUUUUUUUAAGUCAAGGUAAUGACAGAUAUGAAAGUUUUCCUGUGAAACAAAGACUACGUGGUGCAAAAGCCCUUAUUCGAGAACAAGUCAUUGUGCCUGUACCGUCAGAUCGAUUAGAGCCACCAUUAGUAAACGCCCCGAACGAAUACACAGUAUCGACUCCCUCAGAGAUUCUAGAGUUGCCUGCGGAACAGGUAAAUCAAGAGUUUGCUGAUUAUUCACCAGUCAAAGAUAAAAUGAAACCCAUUUAUGCGAAAGGUGAAAAUAUUUUGAGAAUUAAACCAGAAAACCCGAAAUUAGUUUCGUAUCUUGCGCCACCUAAACCAACUAUCUUGAAAUUUAGAAACCCAACUAAACUAUAUCCCAAAAAGUAUCCUGGGUCAUUCAAACCUGUUCCCAUACCAAUAGUACAAUUCGCCGAGGACACUUUGUUAGAAGUCCCCAGAGCUAAACCUGCACAGCCAUUUCGACCAGUGCCAAUAACGAACGAAGAAGGAAUAUACGACUACGGAAAUCCUGAAGAGAAAAAGAGAUUUUUGUACGAACAAGCCGAGCUAAAGCGUCAAUUGAAAAACGAGGAAGUGAAUAACGAUAAUGAACAGCAGCCAUCUGCGGCAGACACAUAUGGUGAAACAAGUCCCGUAGAGCCAGAAACUUCUGAAACUCACCACAGAUAUCCUGGACGAAACGUAUACCCUGCACCACUAAGGCAGGCUCCACCGCCGGCUCCACAGAAUGACCCCAACGCGCCUCCGGCUUCUGACGAUCGAACAGAAUUCCGCAUGCAUGGCAUGAAGGGACCGCAUAGCUACCAGUUUGGAUAUGACACGGGGAAAGGAAAGAAUCGUCAAUUCCGUUACGAGGAACGUGACAACGAUGGGAUUGUGAGGGGCCACUAUGGAUACAUGGAUAAACGUGGAAAGCUCCGUGUAGUGAAUUACAGAGCUCAUCCGGAACACGGCUUCCAGGCUGACGCACCAGUAGAAAAGGAGUGAUGGACUUUUUGAGUUUUGUGAAUAUUUGUAAUAAAAGUUCCAUUGAGUGUACCUAUAUGAUUAUCCUGUCCCAAUAUCAGGAUAACUGUACAUAAGUAGAUUUAUAGGUAUUGUAAAUAGAGUAAUUGUAAUUACGUAUUACUGUUUUAGUUGAAAAAGAUUUUAUAUUUGACUAUAUAGACACUUUGAAAACAGUAAACGUUCACUUAUCAUGAGAAAUUGUAUAUUUGUGCGUAUGUCUGUAUGUACUAUGUACGGAUAAUGGGCAGUCACGUUACAGUUGUUAGGUUUUAUGUGAAUAUUGAUUUAUAUUUAGUGCUGAUAGAUUUUAAUAAUUCCUUUGUUAAUAGAAAUGGUUCUCAUUCAGAAUUGUCCCACAUUGAGUUAAGAUUGAUUUUAGUUUUAUUAAUCCUAAUUUUGGACUUCAUGACCUCUUAACAUAAAAUACAGAUCUACUUUCUCAUUUAUCUUAUAAUGAAUUAAACCAAAUUUGAUAACGAAAGAUACAAUUAUAUUAAAUAUGUACACAAAAAAAAAACAGCAUUACAAGAAAGUGAAGAGGCAACAGUAUGCCAUAAUGAUAAAUACAAUUGAUUUAUAAAAUUUACAUAUCAGUAUAAACAAUAUUCGUUUACAAAAUGAUAAAGUAAAUCAUUUACGUUUGUAUAUUAUGACAUGUAAUUGCCCUAAAAUAGUUUCAAGAUAUUAGAUACUAGACACAAAACCCAAUCGUAUCAAUUGUGUAAUAAAUUUUUCUUUUAAUUAUUCUGCUAAUCAUCACAGACAUUUUAAAACGAGGUCAGGUGGAAUACCUCAGAAUUGUCUAGUGGUCGCUGAUAUCUAAGUGUACGUCUUUUUAAGGAGCUAGACCCCCCUAUAAAAUUAUUUGAAAUAAGUCAUAGAUAACCAUGCUUGAAUAAAUAAAUUCAUUUAUUUUUAUUAGACAGCGUUAUCGAUUCCCAAAGUUAGGCAGAGCUUGUAUCAUAUACUAGCUAAAUAAUUGAUAGAAAACAAUUUUUUCGUAAAUAUUUGCUUGUCAUAAGUAUACAUAUACAAUUUAAAUUGUCCCUGCUUUACUUACCUCUUCCUGUUAAAAUACCAUAAUACCGUAUAUGUAAUACCAUAUAAUUUAAGUGUCAUACUAAGUUCAAUAAGAAUAAUUUAUAAUUUGUAUACAAAGGAAAAUAAAUUACUUGAAAAUA